UGUCUGAUUGGAUCUAUGCUGUAUCCCCAGCGACUAAAACUGCGUAGGCUCUUAAUAUUUGCUGACUAAAUGAUUGAAGUGCCCAAGGGCUGACCGACCAUCAGGGGGCGACAGACAGAUUGCGUAGGGGCGGAAAUGGGCAGAGAGAGCGUUUUACCCCCAAGUUCGGGGACGGUUCCGUGAGACUUGGACUCGCUCGGCCACCGUAGUGUGUAGGCCGGAAAAUUGCGUUCCCUUCCGGCCUCCGCGGUCUUGGAAAGCGGCCUUGGGUUGUCGGAAACUGAACCUUGAUGUCCUAAGGGAGCGUCUAUGCGCAACUGAAGCUUCGUCCUGGAGCUCCAGGUCUCCAACCGGACUGGCAGCCACUUCGGCUGCUCUUGGUGCUUCAGGGCCGGGAGCACGGAGCGUGGGUCGCCAUGGCGACGCCGGCGGGGCUGGAGCUCUGGGUGCAGGACGAGCUGCACUCGGUUCUGGGGAUGAGCGAGCGGCACGUGGCCCAGUUCUUGAUCGGCACUGCUCAGCGUUGCGCUUCGGCCGAGGAAUUCUUGCAGCGCCUGCGAGAUACCGACACCUUGGACCUCAGUGGACCGGCACGGGACUUUGCGCUGAAACUCUGGAACAAGGUACCACGGAAGGCAGCAGUAGAGAAGCCAUCUCGAGCAGCCGAGCGAGAGGCCCGAGCCCUGCUGGAAAAGAACCGAUCUUAUAAGUUGCUGGAAGACAGUGAGGAGAGCAGUGAGGAGACCACGGGUAGGGCUGGGAGAAGCCUUCAGAAGAAGCGUAAGAAACGGAAACACCUCAGGAAGAAACGCCAGGAAGAGGAGGAGGAGGAGGAAGAAGAGGAGGAAAAGACCUCAGAGAAAGAAAAGAGGAAAACAGGGGGGAGUAAACAGCAGACGGAGAAGCCAGAGUCGGAGGAUGAGUGGGAGCGGACUGAGCGCGAGCGCCUUCAGGACCUGGAGGAACGUGAUGCCUUUGCUGAGCGGGUUCGGCAGCGGGACAAGGAUCGAACUCGCAACGUCCUGGAGCGGUCAGACAAGAAGGCUUAUGAAGAGGCUCAGAAGCGCCUCAAGAUGGCUGAGGAAGACCGGAAAGCCAUGGUCCCCGAGCUGCGGAAGAAAUCCCGCCGAGAGUACCUGGCAAAGCGGGAGCGAGAGAAGCUUGAGGAUCUGGAGGCAGAACUGGCAGAUGAGGAGUUCCUCUUCGGGGAUGUGGAGCUGAGCCGCCAUGAGCGACGGGAGAUCAAAUACAAGCGGCGCGUGCGGGAUCUGGCCCGGGAGUACCGGGCGGCUGGGGAGCAGGAGAAGCUGGAGGCCACAAACCGCUACCAUAUGCCUGAGGAGACCCGGGGACAGCCAGCACGAGCUGUGGAUGUGGUGGAGGAAGAAUCGGGCGCCCCUGGGGAGGAGCAGCGGCGUUGGGAAGAGGCCCGGUUGGGGGCAGCAUCUCUGAAGUUUGGGGCCCGAGAUGCUGCCUCCCAGGAGCCCAAGUAUCAGCUGGUGCUAGAGGAGGAGGAGACCAUCGAAUUUGUCCGGGCCACUCAGCUCCAGGGCGACGAGGAACCGUUGGCCCCACCCACUCCAACUCAGGCCCAGCAGAAAGAGUCCAUCCAGGCCGUGCGCCGCAGCCUCCCGGUGUUCCCAUUCCGCGAGGAGCUCCUGGCUGCUAUUGCUGAUCAUCAGGUCCUCAUCAUUGAGGGCGAGACAGGCUCGGGAAAGACCACCCAAAUCCCCCAGUAUCUCUUUGAGCAGGGCUAUACAAAGAAGGGUAUGAAGAUUGCUUGCACCCAGCCCCGGAGAGUCGCAGCCAUGAGUGUGGCAGCCCGGGUGGCCCGGGAGAUGGGAGUGAAGCUUGGCAAUGAGGUUGGCUACAGUAUCCGCUUUGAGGACUGCACGUCAGAGCGAACAGUUCUCCGCUACAUGACAGAUGGGAUGCUUCUCCGGGAAUUCCUCUCUGAGCCUGAUCUUGCAAGUUACAGUGUGGUGAUGGUGGAUGAGGCUCAUGAACGGACCCUACAUACAGACAUUCUCUUUGGGUUGAUCAAGGAUGUUGCUCGCUUCCGACCUGAGCUCAAGGUCCUGGUGGCUUCAGCCACACUGGACACUGCUCGAUUUUCUACCUUCUUUGAUGACGCCCCUGUCUUCCGAAUCCCUGGACGCAGGUUUCCAGUUGACAUCUUCUAUACCAAGGCUCCAGAGGCUGACUACCUGGAAGCCUGUGUGGUGUCUGUGCUGCAGAUCCAUGUGACUCAGCCCCCUGGGGAUAUCCUGGUAUUCCUGACAGGACAGGAGGAGAUUGAAGCUGCCUGUGAGAUGCUCCAGGAUCGCUGCCGCCGUCUGGGAUCCAAAAUCCGGGAACUUCUGGUGCUGCCCAUUUAUGCCAAUCUGCCCUCUGACAUGCAGGCUCGUAUAUUCCAGCCCACACCUCCUGGAGCACGAAAGGUGGUGGUAGCCACAAACAUCGCUGAGACAUCACUUACCAUCGAGGGCAUCAUUUAUGUGCUGGAUCCAGGCUUUUGCAAGCAAAAGAGCUACAACCCCCGCACAGGCAUGGAAUCACUCACCGUCACCCCCUGCAGCAAGGCCUCAGCCAAUCAGCGAGCUGGUCGUGCAGGUCGUGUGGCUGCAGGGAAGUGUUUCCGCCUGUACACUGCCUGGGCCUAUCAGCACGAGCUCGAGGAAAUGACAGUGCCCGAGAUCCAGAGGACCAGCUUGGGCAAUGUCGUGCUGCUGCUCAAGAGCUUAGGGAUCCAUGACCUGAUGCACUUUGACUUCCUGGACCCUCCACCAUAUGAGACCCUGCUGCUGGCUUUGGAGCAGCUGUAUGCUCUGGGAGCCCUCAACCACCUUGGGGAGCUCACCACGUCUGGCCGAAAGAUGGCAGAACUGCCAGUGGACCCCAUGUUAUCUAAAAUGAUCUUGGCCUCUGAGAAAUACAGCUGCUCAGAGGAGAUCCUGACAGUGGCCGCCAUGCUCUCUGUCAACAACUCCAUCUUCUACCGCCCCAAGGACAAGGUCGUCCAUGCCGACAACGCCCGUGUCAACUUCUUCCUCCCUGGUGGAGACCACCUGGUUCUGCUAAACGUUUAUACACAGUGGGCUGAGAGUGGCUACUCUUCCCAAUGGUGUUAUGAGAACUUUGUACAGUUCCGGUCAAUGCGCCGAGCCCGGGAUGUGCGGGAACAGUUGGAGGGGCUCUUGGAACGUGUGGAAGUUGGUCUCAGUUCCUGCCAGGGGGACUAUAUCCGUGUACGCAAGGCCAUCACUGCUGGUUACUUCUACCACACAGCACGGUUGACUCGGAGUGGGUAUCGCACAGUGAAACAGCAGCAGACAGUGUUCAUUCAUCCCAACUCCUCCCUCUUUGAGGAACAGCCACGCUGGCUGCUCUACCAUGAACUUGUCUUGACCACCAAGGAGUUCAUGAGACAGGUACUGGAGAUUGAGAGCAGUUGGCUUCUAGAGGUGGCUCCCCACUAUUACAAGGCCAAGGAGCUAGAAGAUCCCCAUGCUAAGAAAAUGCCCAAGAAAAUAGGCAAGACACGAGAAGAACUAGGAUAGAGAAGGGACAUCAGCAGAAUCUGACCCCAGCUCCUUUGCCUUCUGUAUAUUAUUUAAUGUCUAUUAAAAUAAAAUUAUUUUUUUGAAUACA